AGCUUUAACUUCUCUUUGUAUUAAUCUCUUCCUUUUUGCAAAUUUGCUUCUGAAUUUUCUCAUUCUCUAAUUCUUACACAGUUUGAUCUGCAUGUUGUACAUGGAUUCUCCUUCAUUUGUUAGCUUUUUCUUUGUGAUAUUUCUGAGUGUUCUUUGCAUAUCUCAAGCGUAUACAUUCUAUGCUGGUGGCAAAGAAGGCUGGGUUUUAAAACCUUCUGAAUCAUAUAGUCAUUGGGCUGAAAGAAACCGUUUCCAAGUUAAUGACACUAUUGUAUUCAAGUACAAAAAAGGGUCAGAUUCAGUACUGGUGGUACACAAAGAUGAUUACUUCAAAUGCAAAAAGGAUAAGCCAAUCCAUAAGCUAAAGAAUGGUAAAUCAAAAUUGAAGUUUACAAGGUCAGGUGCAUUCUACUUCAUCAGUGGAAAAGAUGAUAACUGUGAGAAAGGCCAGAAGCUUCUAGUUGUUGUGUUAUCUCCCAAUCACAACCGCCAUAAAUCUCCAUCCCCAGCCACCCAAAAGCCGUCGAGUUCUCCCGUUACCACUCCAACUCAGCCGCCGGAAGAUAUUCCUUCCGUCGUUGCACCGUCGCCGCAAUCCAUUUCACCAGCUCCGGCUCCUACGAAAUCGGCUGCAGUGGUUGUUGGUUCAAGUGGUUUGGUUUGGGUGUUUAGUUUGAUCAUGGCUACUGUUUUUAUGUAAUUUGAUUUAAUUCGUUGUGUCUAGUUCUGUUUUUAAUGGAUGUUUUUAACUCUAUAGAUAUUUCUCUUGCUUUAUUACAUUAAGAGUACCCUAAGAAUUGGAAACGUGCGCUUUUUGUUGCCAAGGAUUUAUCCAUAAGGUGGAAGGUAGUCCAUUAAGAUCGUUUAUUAAGCAUUAAUAAGUGUGUUAA